ACGCGUUACGCCACCCCAGCCUACGGCAGAGGCGGGCGAGGCUGAGCCACAGCCACGGAGGGGAUGGGGCUAGGACCGGCCUCGGCCUCGGCGCUGCCAGCCUGGGCGUCGCCUCCCCUCGCUGGACUCCAAUAGGCCGCGCAGGGUGAUCGCGGGCGCCGCACUUCACUGGGAACUGGAGAAGAGGGCGCGGCGGGGCCGGCACGGGGUGGAGUGGGGGGGGGGGGAGGGAAUCCGCGAGUUAAGACCCCCCCAAACCAUCAGCUCCCCCUUGGCGGGACCCCAGCCAGGACGGAGCCCACUGCGCACCCUCGGGGGACCCACAGGGGCCGGCUAGCUGCAGCGUGGGGCUCGGCCGCCCGGCGGUGUCAGUAACAGCGGCGGCGGCGGCACGGGCUCCGGUUCCCGGCUAGCCUCGGAGCCCAUGGCGGGCAGCGACGCGGACAGCGCGGGGUCCGCUCGGGGAUCCGGUGCGGCUCAGCGAUCGGGGACCCCAGGCGGGUUGGGAAGCCAGGCGGCCACCCAGUGGCCGGAGGAGCCGCUGUCCACUGCUGAAGCUCGGGGCGAGGGCACGGCGCUGCCCGCCUGGAUGCGCCUCUACUUCUACGGGAUGCACGGCGUGGCGCUGGACGUGCUGGUGACCUCUGCGCGGGGCUUCGCGCGCAGCCCCGACCUGCGGAUGCUCGGCUUCUCCUCGCCCUACCGCUGCCUGCUGCACUCGCUCACGCACCUGGCGCUGGAGCAGCUCUACCUGCGGCGGCCGCGCUGCCCCAGCGCCUUCCUCUUCGAUUUCCUCCUCUUCCCCUCGGCCCACGUGGGGCUGCAGACCCUGGCGGGCCGGGCGCUGCGGCUCGGCCCGGGGGGCGGCGGCGCGGCGCCGGGGCCGCUGGACCGGGCGCUGGACCUGGCCCUGCACUACGUGCUGGCGCUCUACCACUGCCAAGUCUUCCUGAAGCGCUUCCUGCGCCUGCGAUACCGGAGGUACCGGCGACCCGGGGCGCAGCCGCCGCCGACUGACAGCGGCCGCCGCCGCCCCCGAGGGCCCAGCGGCCCCGGAGGAGCCCCGAGCCAGGGCCUGCCGGACCUGCCUCGCUUCCUUUUCUUUGGGAUGCACGGUUUCCUGGAUGAGAUCUUCUUCACUUUCUUCUUUAACGUGCUGGGCGCGGGGGGCAGGGCCACUGCGAGCGGCCACACGUCGCUCUGGUCCUUCCUGAUGUAUGGCAGCUGCAGUUUCGUGGUGGAGAAGCUCUACUUCCACCUGCACUACCACCGCGGGUGGGGCACGUGGAAGCGGGUGCCCAUCUACGUGCUGUUCAUCUACGCCUGGGAGCUGUCCUGGGGGCUGGGGCUGCGCACCUGCGGGGCUUGUUCUUGGGAUUAUUCGCACUAUCCACUGAAUUUCAUGGGCCUCAUCACCCUGAUGUAUCUACCGGGUUGGAUUUUCCUCAGCCUGUACCAGGACCUCCUGUCCAACGUGCUGUGGCAGGUGCAGUAUGUGCCCGCUAAGUGAGCGCAAAGGGCGAGAAGAACGAGAGAAGAGUCCGAGGAAUCCCAGAAGUGAGGACAGCCGCUCUUUACACGUCCAACACCGAGUGCAUGUUGUUUUGAGUCUUUGCAUUUUUAUAUACACUUUGCUAAACACUUCUGAUACGUUUCAUUGACCUUUUGUCUUUGCUUUACUCUCUCCCGACUCUUUGGAACAUGUAGGUAAAAUAACAACACUUUGAAACAAACUACUCAAACCUAACUGAAGUAUUUCAUUCAUCAGGAAUUGUAAAAGCUUUACAAGCUCCAACAACAAAACCAUCAGACCUUAACGUGGGAAAGCGGUAGUGUUGAUUUGCCAGGAUGUAAGUGGGUGAUAGCUAUUAGUUUUCCAUUAAAAAAAAUGUAACUUCCUCAAGUCAGAGAGCAGUGAUUCUGUUUACAAGAUUUAGUGGCUUUAAAAAAAAACCCUAAUGAUUUGCUUUCUUUUUUAAUUCAAUUUCAUUUUAAUGUCUGGACACAUUUACCAAUGCUAACUGAAACUCCACCUCUUAUAUUUAUGAACUGCUCUUAUUAAGGGCAAUUCAUAGUUCCUAAAGUGCCUCUGCCUAACACACAAGUGAAAAAAAAAAACACCUGACAAAUGUGAAA